AUGUACAAAUGCCGGUACGAAACAAAUCAUUGGAGGAUUAUAAUGAAAGAGUUCAUCGAAAAGCAGCAAAGUAUGGAGACGAUUUGGAUUCACCACCUCCUCCGACAGCAUAUGCACGAGAGACCUUUGGAAAAAAGAUUUUUGGAGUUGUAUAUUUUCCCAAAUACUUGUCCAUCGGAAGAACUUGAGGAACUCCAACAGAAAAAGAAGGGGACUCGCUACACAAUGGAAGUUUUUAAUUUUGAAGUGUUAAUUUUUUUUAAAAGAUUUUCAAUUUAA